ACAGCUCUUGUUUCAACCGAUAAAGCGCAGCCAGUCAGUAUGAGUUCGUUAGAUGCUCUUGCCUCCAUUAUCUACAAAACGACAUUCGGCACAAUCUCAUUGGCACCAUUCUCUACCACAAGACAGACAGUGGUAACAAAGAUUGAUGAAGCGCUGAAAUCGAGACCCGAGGGUGAUAUCCUCCCGCUGCCGUACGCUGCUCGAAACCUCCCCCCGGAGAUAUUCCGACACUUUCCUGACGAUGCGUUCCCGAACGAGCACGAGAUUGUGUCGCACUUGCAAUUAUUGCAGGUCUUUCGUGAUACAAAGCUGUAUAUCAUGAAGUGUGAGGGUUUAUUUGAAACCCGAGACAGCAAGCACGACCCGAUACCCCGUCUCACGCCUGAAGAUCGGUGGGCUAUUUACAUCGCCAAGGCAGUCGAGCGAUAUACGAGAUGGUUCGAAGGCCUGCCGUCUGAGCCAUUCUCCGUCAGACUGCGGUUUAUGAGCGGGUUUACAGAAGGUCUUAAGGCAGAUCAGCUACCGCCUAUUGAUGUGCUUAUGGUGUGGCAUGCUCAUAUGCUGCAUCCACGAGCGUACUGGGAUGAUUGUUGGAGAUCAUCGAGACAGGCUGCGUAUUUUGCCAUGCCAUUUCCUUGGGACGAGAUUAACCACGUAAUUCGCCCCGCAUCAGCAGAUCCAAAUGGUCCUCUAGCCUACGACCCACCACUUGAUGCCCAUCAAAACUUCGAGACCAAGACUGGAGCCGCGUUUGACAUCGAUCGCGAUGUGAUUCCCAAGCGCUUAAAGUGUCACAAUUGCCUCGAGAAUGAGAUCGUGGUGCCUUGGUGGCAGGAAGACGGGAGUGGCUGGGCGCAGGAUAAGUUUUCAAAGGUGUGCCCAAAGUGUGGGAUUAAGAUUUCAAAGGAAGGAAUUGCUGCUAUGCAGUUUUUGGAGGACUUCAAGACUCUGUCUAGGGAUGGUAUUCCCAUGAAAGGAACAUUUUUCGAUACAUAUGGUCUGGAGAACAGUCACCAGUAUUGUCACUCUGGAUUCGCAAAUCAUCUAUUAGGAAGGAAAUUCAGGCCCGAGAAACUUACCAUUGGAGAAGGCGAGGGACUGGACAAGAUCCGGGUGGAGAUCUCGAAAUCGGCGAUUUACGGCAAAGACUUGGUAAUCGAGCAAUUCAACACGCGACCGGUGUAUCGUGAAGGGCACGAGGACGUUCUACGGCGGAUGUUGAUUCGGUAUGACGACAAUCCGACCAAAUUCGCAAUCAAUCUGAAGUCGGCGAUUGUGAAUCAGUGCGGGUUUGUCGAUAACAUUCUUGCAUUGUCGUAUCUGUCAUCUCCGUUCAGGCAUGAGACGCUUUCGAGAGCGGUUGAGCGACUGCUCAAAUUUUUCGUGCUCUUGCGCGAGAACCCGGACAAUUCGCUUGCGCCUCCGAUGGAUGUUGAUUUAGUGUGGCAUACUCUUCAGCUGAAUCCCAAGAUAUACUUUGCUAUGUCCUUGAAAAUCACAGGAACGCUGGUAGAUCACGAUGACUCUAUAUCCGAGAAACGAGCGAGUUCGUCGGUUUCGAAGGGUGCCUCAUUGUGGAAAUCGCGGUUCCGAGACGAUCCUCUUGGAUACGAAUCGUGCACCUGUGUGUUUUGCGAGGCCGAGCGUGAGCUGCAGCAAUCUUUGAAAUUGAAGAAAGCCGCAAAACUUGACGGUAAAGAUAUCGAUGAGUUUUACGGUCGAGCGUGCGAGACUGCUUGGCUGAACGGCUCGACGGACGUGCGAAGGCUGAGCCCGUCAACAGCUGCCGACGGACGAAAACCGGCGGAUUUCCGUCAUCCUUACGUCGCAUUUACUCCGGAGGGGGUCUCUAAGCAUGCUUCGCAGAUGGAUUAUCCUGCGGCGAAGUGUGUUGCGCUGCCGUUUCUGCAUGUUCGAGGGGCUGUCAGUGGGACAAGGAGAAUAGGAACCUCGGGGGGUACGAAUAUGAUUGCCCUAGAAAGUAUUGGUUUCGGUAUGUCGUAAUACACUGUAUGAUGUAUUCCUCGUUACUGGUUGCUUUCAUGUGAAGAGAUGCAACGGCGGAUUUAAGGUGUUAUGCAAGUCUGUCGCUCUGCCUCCAUAGUAGCAAAUAAACAGCAAUUAUUACCAAGCAAAUUGAUCACCAGAGGUAUGGAUCUGUUUCAGACCGUCUGUGUAAAAAAUAUAAAUAGAGAAAUUGAAGAGAACCUGGUUAGUGCCCGCAAAUUGAUGUUCGAAAGGGGCAGCGGAAAGGGU